AUGCUCCCGUCGUGGCUCACAGGACUAGGGGCUGGAAUGGUCUUCCUGUACUUGGUGCAGAAACUCCUGUUCCCUUACUUCUGGGACGACUUCUGGUUCCUGCUGAAGGUGGUGCGUUUUGGAAUUCGGAUGGAGAUGUACAGACAGAGAGGGGAGCUCGUCACUGGGCUGGAUAAAUUCCUGAGCCAUGCCAAGAGGCAACCUCAGAAACCUUUCAUCAUCUAUGAGGGAGAGAUUUACACCUAUCAGGAUGUGGACAAAAGGAGUAGCCGAGUGGCCAACGUCUUUCUGAACCAUUCCUCUCUGAAAAAGGGGGACACCGUGGCACUGCUGAUGAACAAUGAGCCCGACUUUGUUCACGUGUGGUUCGGCCUGGCCAAGCUGGGCUGCGUGGUGGCCUUCCUCAACACCAACAUUCGCUGCAGCUCCCUCCUGAGUUGCAUCCACACCUGCAUGCCCUCAGCCAUAGUGGUGGGCGCAGAUUUGCUUGGAACUAUAGAAGAAAUCCUUCCAAGCCUCCCAAAAGAUAUCAGUGUUUGGGGGAUGAAAGAUUCUGUUCCACAAGGUGUAAUUUCACUCAAAGAAAAACUGAGCACAUCAUCUGAUGAGCCCGUGCCACGCAGCUACCAUGUUGCCUCAAGCCUCAAGUCUACGUGUCUUUAUAUUUUUACCUCCGGAACAACAGGUCUACCAAAGGCAGCCGUGAUUAGUCAGCUGCAGGCUUUAAAGGGUUCUGCUGGAUUAUGGGCUUUCGGUUGUGCUGCUGAUGACAUUGUUUACAUACCCCUUCCUCUCUAUCAUAGUUCAGGAUCUCUCCUGGGAAUUAGUGGAUGUGUUGAGUUGGGUGCCACUUGUGUGUUAAAGAAAAAAUUUUCAGCAAGCCAAUUUUGGAAUGACUGCAAGAAGUAUAAUGUGACUGUGUUUCAGUAUAUUGGAGAGCUUUGUCGUUACCUUUGCAAACAACCCAAGAGAGAGGGAGAAAAGGAUCAUCAGGUGCGUCUGGCAGUUGGAAAUGGUAUACGGAGUGAUGUAUGGAGAGAAUUUUUAGACAGAUUUGGAAAUAUUAAGAUGUGUGAAUUUUAUGGAGCCACCGAAGGAAACAUUUGUUUCAUGAAUCACACUGGGAAAAUUGGAUCAGUUGGGAGAACAAAUUUCUUUUACAAACUUUUUUUCACUUUUGACUUAAUAAAGUAUGAUUUUCAGAAAGAUGAACCUGUUAGAAAUGAACAAAACUGGUGUAGUCAUAUGAAAAAAGGAGAACCUGGACUUCUCAUUUCUCGAGUAAAUGCAAAGAAUCCCUUCUUUGGUUAUGCUGGGUCUUACAAGCACACAAAAAACAAAUUGCUUUUUGAUGUUUUUAAGAAGGGAGAUGUUUACUUUAACACAGGAGACUUAAUGGUCCAAGAUCGGGAGAAUUUCCUUUAUUUUUGGGAUCGUAUUGGAGACACUUUCAGAUGGAAAGGAGAAAAUGUUUCAACUGCAGAGGUUGCUGAUGUGAUUGGAAUGUUGGAUUUUAUACAGGAGACAAAUGUCUAUGGUGUGGCUGUGUCAGGUUAUGAAGGAAAAGCAGGAAUGGCUUCUAUUAUUUUAAAACCGAAUAAGUCUUUGGACUUGGACAAAGUUUAUGAACAAGUUGUAGCAUGUCUACCAGUUUAUGCCUAUCCACGAUUUUUAAGAAUUCAGGAAAAAAUGGAAACAACAGGGACAUUCAAACUACAGAAGUUCCAGUUGAUGAAAGAAGGAUUUAAUCCACUGAAAAUUUCUGAUCCACUGUACUUCUUAGAUAAUUUGAAAAAAUCUUAUGUUCCAUUGACCAAAGAACUUUAUGAUCAAAUAAUAUUAGGGGAGAUAAAACUUUAA